GACACAUACCAAUAUACAGAUGUACAUGAAAAUAAACGUAAAUAUGACGAUACAAUAAUUCUGGUAGCCGUUUCGAGACGCGCUCGCACAUUUUCAAUACCAUAUAAAACACCGGAACGAACAGACGAUCGUUGACAAACAGCAAAUUUAUAGCGAACAUUACUUUUCAAUUUCUUUGCAACAUCACUACAUAUCACUAUCCGCAUCGUCUUUUCCAUAGUUUAAUUAAAACUACGAGAUAUCAACAAUAUAUGUAAUCGUUGACCUCGUCAGCCUCUACUAGUCGAGAUAUUGUGUAACAAUAUUGUGCCAUCCGUGAAUAGAGUUAAAAAUGUUAAACGUGAACCUAUGUUUGAUUUCUAUUUUGAGAUGCAUUCUAACGCUUCAAAUACUCAAUCAACCUGUACACACAAAGCUAUCCGCAUUGUCGAACAGAGUAAAAGUAAAUGUGUCUGAAGGGACAUUAAUCGGCAUCGUCAAGAAAAGCAAAUAUGGCGAUUCUUACAAUGCCUUUUGUGGAAUACCAUAUGCUAAGCCUCCAGUGGGUGAUCUCAGAUUUCAAGAUCCGCAACCACCAGAACCAUGGUCCAGCGAUAGAGACGCUUUGUCUUACGGAUACAACUGUCUUCAGGUGGAUAUGAAAUACACAGUCGGCAACGAAGACUGUCUCUAUUUGAAUGUGUAUACCAAUGAUAUGACGACUUCAAAGAAAAAUGCUGUGAUGGUGUGGAUACAUGGUGGAGGCUUUUUUGUGGGAGACAGCACCUCGGCUUUGUACGGUCCCGAUUAUAUCAUGCGGAAGGAUGUGGUACUCGUCACCCUGAAUUACAGAUUAGGUGUUCUAGGUUUUCUCAAUUUUGAUGAGAAAAUAGCAACAGGAAAUCAGGGCUUAAAAGAUGUAGUUAUGGCGUUAAGAUGGAUUAAAAGAAAUAUAUUGCAAUUCGGUGGAGAUCCCGAUAACGUCACAAUUUUUGGUCAAAAUGCGGGUGGAGUGAUGGUUCAUUAUCUAACUAUUUCACCGUUAGCUAAAGGUUUAUUUCAUAAAGCAAUAUGUCAAAGUGGUGUUAUGACAGUUCCUUGGGCUUUCACUGAACAAGACGAUGCUAUCAAUAACGGUCUGAUGUUAGCCCAGAAGCUUGGUAAUGCGACUUUUGAUCCGGAAGACGCCUUGAAAUUUCUGAAAGACAUAGACGGAAGAAAAUUGAUAGCAGCGGAGAUUGGCUUAGAUAUUUUGCUUGCAUUUACGCCGACCGUGGAUUCCAAGUCAUCGAAUCCUUUUUUACCAGAAAAUCCAUUGCAAUUAUUACGUAAUGGAAUUGAAAUACCAAUUAUGUUCGGAUAUAAUAACCAGGAAGGCAAUUGUUUCAUUAAUGCCACUUUUGUCGGCCUGGUAAACAACGAGACUUUAAAGGAAAUUGAUUAUGAUUUCAAGAAAGCCAUAUAUCCUAGAGUUUUGCGUCAAUUAUCACAACUUGGGAUCACGGUACCAGAAUUACGAUCAUUGUAUUUUGGUAAUAAAACAGUGUCGGAGGAAACUAUAGAAAAUCUUUCUGAUUUUAUCGGCGAUCAGCAUAUCUAUAGAGGCAUUAUACAAGCAAUUGAUACUCAAAUGAAUUCUAAUGUUAACGAGUCGACUUACUUGUACAAAUUUUCGUACAAAAGUGAAACCUCUCCUGUGAAGAAAAUAUUUUUUCAAAAACCGCUUUCAGGUACAUCUCACUUCGAGGAACUGGGCUAUUUAUUUUAUCCUCAUAUAGGAAAAACAUUCGGUGUGUUACCAUUUGCACGUGGUACGCCGGAUUAUAAAAUUAUGGAAUACUUAACGCAGAUGUGGACAAAUUUUGCUAAAACGGGAAAUCCAACACCUUCUUCAGCUAAUUUUACAUGGUCUCCAGUGAAAAAUGGAACUACGUAUGAUUAUUUAAAUAUUAAUAGAAAACCUCGAAUGAAGAUUCUUAUUAAAGGAAACCAACGAUGGGAUUGGGAGAACAGACUUAAAUUAUCAAAAGAGUUAUCCUUCGCCGCAUCGUCGAACAGAGUAAAAGUAAAUGUGUUUGGAGGGACAUUAGUCGGCAUCGUCGAGGAAAGCAUCUAUGGUUCUUACAAUGCCUUCCGUGGAAUAUCAUAUGCUAAACCUCCAGUGGGUGAUCUCAGAUUUCAAAAAAACACGCACUCUUUAAAAUUAUUAACUUCUAGAAACUUUUAAAAAGUUACGAGAAUAAUAUCCACUCGUGACCUUAUGCAAUAUAAGGUAUAUCGAAUAGAGGUAGACAAAUGAAUCGAUAAUUCAUUCCUUCAUUAAU